AAUAUUAAAUGUUUUUUUUUCGGACAUAUGAGACUUUAACACACAUUUCGCGACAACCGUGCCCUCGAACAGCGAAAAUUGGCGUCCUCGCUCCCAUGUCCAGCCGUGCGGAGCCGAGGCCGGGGAUCGCAGUCGGGACUAGUAGGGGGUAGAACGCGCGCCGAGGGUCUCUCUCUCCCCCUUGCAAACGGCGCGGCUGCGUUUAAUAUUCGUCGUCGCCAAACGACGGCAGUGUUCGCUUUGCGCAGCAGCGUGUCACGUCGCGGCAGCUCCAGUUGAGACCCCAUCGUCGGUGGCAUCGUGUCGUCGGAAGCCCCGCCGAGUCUCGGGCGAGGGAGCGGCGAUCGAACAGCCCGUUCGUCGUCACAAUAAAGUCGCGUGAGUGUAAUUGUUCGCGGAAGAAGGAAAGAGGUGAAAGAAGAAACGGGAAAGAGUGUGCGAGGGGAAAAAGAAAAAAAGUUUGCGUGUCGAAUUCGCGUGCCGCGUUGUCCGUCGUCUUCACACAGCCGCAGAAGAUGGCUCCGUCGUGCUUCGAGGUGAUCCUCGUCGGUUUCAUCCUCGUACUGCCGUUCCUGUACGAGACCAGCCGCACCUUCCGCUACUACUUCAAGUUCCUCAUCUACUAUGGCGUCGUGAUGGUGAACGCGGUCCUACUUAUGCCCAUCUUCUCGCUGCGACCCGGCAACGUCAGGAAUUUCGUGCUGGCAUCGUCAGUAUGUCAUCACAUCAGUACUCUGCUGGGUCUACGAUGGGAGCUGCGGGGCAGGGAGCACUUAGAAAAGAAUAGAGCGUGUAUAAUUGUGGCAAAUCAUCAGAGCUCACUGGACAUACUGGGAAUGUUUGAUCUUUGGCCGGUGAUGGACAAAUGCACCGUCGUCGCCAAGAAGGAAAUCUUUUAUGCGUGGCCGGUUGGUUUGGCCGCGUGGUUGUGCGGUCUGAUUUUCAUCGAUAGAAUGAACUCCGAGAAAGCGCGAUCCGCUCUCAACACCGCUACAAAGGAGAUCACGGAUAAGAAGAUUAAGCUGUGGAUAUUCCCCGAGGGCACUAGGCAUAACACCGGUGAGAUACAUCCGUUCAAGAAGGGUGCCUUCCACGUGGCGAUUAGGUCGCAGUUACCCAUACUACCAGUCGUAUUUUCCUCUUAUUAUUUCUUAUCCGCGGAAGAGAAGAGAUUUGAUUCCGGACGCAUUCUCGUGACGACAUUGCCACCAAUCUCAACCGAAGGACUCGGCACGAACGACAUAGAAGAGUUAAUGGAAAAGACACGAACCGCCAUGAGCGAGGUAUUUCAUGCAACGAAUCACGAGAUUCAGCUGUCCCUUCCUGUCCGGUAAGACGUACAUCGAACGAUCAUUAUUGGGCUGUAACGAACGAGCUCGUUUUACAGAAAUGAGCGAGUAAACUUACUUCUUUACAAGAGUACUAGUGAAUAAGUCUCCACGCGGGAACCAAAGACUAAGCGUCCAAAUUAGCUAAUGUUAUUUUAUUGCAUUACUAUGGUAUGUUAUUACGGUAUACUAUAAUUUUAUAUUUUAAUGUCUCUCCAACUCAUAGAAAGUGGAUAGCAUCAGAUUUUAUAUUCUACUCAUCUACUACAUACUUCGCAUUUUUUUAUUUUAUCAUUAUUUUAUAAAUCGCGCGAGAAUUUAGGCGGUUCUUCAAUAUUUAUGACUAAGUUGUCGAAUAAUCUUUAUUGAUAUAUAAAUAUGUCUUCAUAACGCAGAAUAUUGUAACAAUUUACAGCAAAAUUGCAAAUGUUGCUGUAACAUUGCUGGAACAUUCUGUAUUGUAUAAGGUCAUUUGUGAUAAACGAGUUUAUGGACGAUUUGGUUACUGCACAUAAUGAACUUUUUCGUUUAGAGAUAUAAACAUUUUGAAACGAAAGAAAAAAAUGCGCCUGGUAAAAUAAGUAUAUAGCUGGAAGAGAGUUAUAUAUGUCGCUGAAAAAUUAUAAAUAUCGUUCUUAAUCAAUUAGACAUAAUUUGAAGAAACUGCAUAUAUAAAGUAUCUAUGGUAUACUCUUUACCGUAGACGUGCGAAAAGAGUGAAAGAGAAAAAAAGAAUUUUCGAUAUAUCAUGAUUUUUCGUAGAAGUUACGGGUUGUAAAUAUGAUUCGUUAGAAUACAUUUUUGCAUAAAUUGUGGAAACAUUGUUAACGUUUAUACUUAACGGUUUGUACUAAAUUCCAUUAGAUAUAUUUUGCUAUGUAUAAGAUAUGUUUGUAUAUUUCCACUUGUCUGUUUUAUGCUUCCACUUGUUUCUAUAUUAUUCUAUAAAGAGAUUAAGGUACAUAUAAUUGUAGAAAAGAUGCACUUUAACAAUGAAUUCAAAGUAAAGCUCGUUUAAUUACUAAACAAAGAAAUAAAUAGUAACGUAGGGCCCAAACGAGCAAAUUAAAAAGAUAUUAGAUAAAUAAAUAUAAAUAAAAACUUUAUUAAUCUAAACUGGAACAGUUUCGACUCACCGAGUCUUUUUCAGCCAAUGAUAAAUAUAAAUAAAUAUUAAAUAAAUAUGUAUUAUAUAUAAUAAAAUUAUACAAGUGUGUGUCAUACGAUACAUGUAUAUAGUUACUGUAUAUAAAGACUUGACAGGAAGAAUGAAGAAUUACAAGCUUCAUAUUAAGAUCAUAUGUACUACAGGAUUUUCUUUUAUUCUUUUAUUAUUGGACAAUUUGUGUUUAUUAUGUAUUUGUUAUGAGCCUGACUUUUAUGACUUAUUUUUUUCUUAUUUAUAUCUGUCUUAAUCAUUAUAUAAUUUGUAAGUAUGACUUGUAUAAUUUUAUUAUAAUGAACUAUUUAUUUAGUAAUUUUUUUAACAUUUUUAGUAUUAUUUCUCAUUGGCUGAAGAAGACCGAAUCGAAACUGUUCCAGUUUAGAUUAAUAAACUUUUUAUUUAUAUUCAUCUAUCCCCUUUUUAAUUUGUUCGUCUGGACCCUACUAUUCAUUUCUAUUUAUUUCUAUUGUUAGUUUAAUUUUAAAUAUCUAAAAGAAAAAAGAAGUUUUCAGCAAGUUUUUCGGUCUUUUAAACAAUUUUUCCAAUAUUUCGUAUUUCUUUUGUGAAAUAUGAAAUCGAAUUUAACUUUAGUUAUCGAUUGAUUCGUCACUGUAAAUCAAGAUAAGAGAAAUAAUAUUUUAAUCAAAAGAUAAUAUAUUAAAUCUGAGGCACAUUAUAAUCACAUUGUGCUGCAAUGUAUAUACGUUUCCACCUACGAUUAGUCAUGAUUGCGAUGUUGCGAUAAAACGGUCGUGAUUGUAAUCUUUUCGACGUUAACUUUACUCCUUGGGCAUUCCUCGGAUGAUCUAUCGCACUUUUAAUUGCAUAAUACCUCUCUAUUCUCUAUAAUACUCGUAACAAUUGACGAAAUGCCACAUUCUACAUAUAUAAGGGAAUAUCUUUUUUUACAUUAAAUUUUUCAAAUGGCGAUUGUGUUCAGUUUAGCGCGGUUAACAUAAUGUUUUUCUACUGAUGACUUAUCUAAUUUUAAUGCAAUUAUAGCAUCAGUGGUAGAGCUGAUAAAAAAUGUAGUUGUUGGUAAGAAAAUAUUAUGCAAAUUGCGCUGUAAUUUUUUUCUUCCAAGAAUCAUUGUUAAAAUUCAAAAUGCAAUGUUUAUUCAUUGGCAUGCGACUCAUUUGUUUCAACAUUAUAGAAAAAUGCAUUUGUUGCGGAAUCAUAAACGCUCGCUCGCAGUCACAAACUCUAGCUAUAGUGCGUAUGUAAUGUAUCAACACGAUCAUUCAAUCGUUCGCGCGACUUCCGCACUGCGGUACCGUUUAUAUUCUGCAUCAGAUAUCAAUUUUCUUGUAAACUGUAACGAUCAUACGGUAGCAGUAAAGCACAAUCCGAACAAUGCUAAAGCCGUUUUCGUUCGACCGUUAGGGUGAGAGUAGUGCAUCGCGACUUUGAACAGCUUCCCUUGUAAUUCUUAAAUGGAUACAUUUAAGUAGAAGAUUUCUGCUUAAAUGUAUCGUACAAAUAUAGUAUUUAGAGAUUUCGAUUACCUGAUCGGUUGAAUGUUCUACGCCGUUCAAUUAACUACGCAAGUUAUUACGUGAUUUUAAAAACGUCACGCACGAUUAACGAUUUACAUGUAAAAGUAGAUCAAAUUUCGCAAUUCAGGUUAAUUAAUUUAUUUAUUUAUGAAGUGCUACAUUUCCACAUUAUAUGUAUAUUAAUCUAUUCGAAAAACUGUAAUCUUACUUUCGAAAUUCUUUGAGUUUUCGCAUUACGGUUCCUGUUAAUGUGAUCUCGGACAGCUCAUUAUUCUCAGCGUCGAAUGCAUACGAAUUGAGUUUUAGAGUUUGUUUAUUUAGAGUUUAAUUUUAUUACUUUAGGAAUGGGAAUGGCAUAUAUGAUAAAACAUGUAUUUUUUUAAGUUAAGACCUUUUAGACUGCGUAAGAGACUCUGCGUACACUCUUCUCGUUGCGGCUGUUAUAUGUUAUUGUGUUAUAAUUGUUAUGUAAUAAUUCGUCAUGAUAAGCUGCAGGAAUAUUUUUAUAUUAUGACCAAAAUCGAGAUAUGUAGUCAAUAUAAAAUAUGUAUCUUGUUUACCGGAUGUAUUUCUUAUUCGAAGAGUGUGUUUCGAUAAUAAUGUAUUAAUACACGAAAAGCAUUGCGUCAUCAGAUGAAGGAACGUAAUUUACGAAGGAUUUGGCAUUUUGAAACCUCCGUGUUAAUCGAUUAUAUUAUAGAUACAAUCAAUUAAAUAUUCAGAACACUUUCGAACGAAUCGGUCGCGUUAGUGUUAUCUUCCUGAUGAAUAUAAAGAAAACGCACAAUUUUCAAUCGUACGCUGUUAACGCUGCGUUUACUAUACGAUUUCUAGCGUAAUCGAAUAAUAUAUUUCGUGCAUAAAUAAAUAGACAGUUUGGAGUCAAGUUUUUGCCAUUUAGAAAUCCGAAUAAAAAAAAUUUUGUUUUUCGAAUUUACAAGUAUUGCCAACGUCUAUCUUUCUUCUUGAGAAUAGUAUAAGUUUCAUUAUCGAUUUAUGCUGCUUAAUUAUGUAAACGAUUGAACUAUAGAUAUGUAAAGAAUAUCUGAAAAUUAUUUAAAAAUAUCUUAAUGAUGCUGCAGUUACCGAGAACAUAAGUUCACCAAAGAUUUAUCAUCAUCAGUGCCAACUUGCAAAACAAAAUAAAAAAACAGCUGUUACCACACAAUAGUUGCAGACGACGCAUCAUUCCGUUCUUAUCUUAUUAGACGCGGAAUUUAUAAAUUUGAUUUUUUUUAACUACAAGCGUUGAUUGAUUGUUUUAUGAGAGUACGUUACGUAAAGCUAGCGCGUAGCUUAUUAUUCCAAAGAGUUUUGUACUUGGGCUGUGCAUUUGUCAUGGUGUAAUGUUAAUAUAAAUCAAUUGACUAUCGUACUCGAUUGAACACUUAACGAACGUUAAACGACGAUCGCAAACGGGAUUUAAUGAACUGUUGUAUCUAUGUCAUUACAAAUCCUUUAUUUGUCUGCGAAGCGAGAUCCACAACUGAUCGAGCUUGUCAAGAAAAUGUUUUUGUAUAUUAUAUCGAUUACAAAUAAUCAAGAUGUAAAUUAAAAAAUGGUUUGCAGAGUGCAAGAGCAGAUAAUAAAGAUAUCUGAUUUUAGUUAA